GUUACCAACCGGUUCAUUUCAAAGGUAUUUCAAGCCCCCUUGUCGGAAGCUCAAACCCCUCUGUCGGAAGAUUUCUGGUGCCACUUCUGAUCCUGGUUAAAUUCACCUGUCUAAUCUUGAAAGCAAAUAUUUCUGCAUGACGUAGGGAAUAAAAACAACAUUUCCAAGAAGACUUAUGUCCGCAUUCUGAGCCUGCAAGUCUUCACGACACUGUCGCCUGUGUUCCGUUUACCAAAGAGCACAGUGACAUAAAGACUUUUUAUACUGAGUUGAAGUUGAAUUUAUUGGAUUGGUGCAGUGCAGAUAAUCAAUAUGGCGAGAGCAUGUUGCAGUCAAAAAAUGAGCCUAAUAACAAUGAUUUGGCUUACGACAUCUUUCUUUUUUGCCGAAAUCGUUGUAGGUUACGCGACGAAUUCGAUGGCACUUGUUGCCGAUUCCUUUCAUAUGCUGUCAGAUGUAGUGUCGCUUUUUGUCGGGUUUUUCGCAUUAAAGAUUUCUCAGCAAGAUCACAGACAUAAUGUUGAUAAGAACACAUUUGGAUGGGUCCGCGCGGAGGUUCUUGGUGCCUUGGUGAAUUCUGUUUUUCUUGUCGCUCUAUGCUUUUCUAUUCUGGUUGAAUCUCUGAAAAGAAUUGUGACUCCAGAAGGAAUAGACCAGCCUUUGCUUGUUUUGGCAAUCGGUGCUGCCGGCCUUCUGAUCAACGUUCUCGGAAUUUUCAUAUUUCAAGGUCACAUGGGCCAUGGUCAUAGCCAUGGUGGUCAUGGUCAUAGUCAUGACCAAAUGAAGAUAGAUGAGUGUCAUGGAACCAAAGGGGGCCACGGUAGUCAAAGCACUGAGCUGACAACAGUUGUUAUCGUGAAUAAGAUAGUGACCGACCAGGAUGCAGUGGAAGUUGGGGAUAGGAAUGACAUAGCUUUGGAGGAGCAUAUAAACAAUGAAAUUGGCGGCCUUUCAAACAAUAUAAUCCAUACGACGCCCUCAAGGUACAAAAUGGGGAUGAUGCUAGCUGCAUUGCAGGCAUCGGAAGAUGGUAAGGAAGCCAAUACCAGUGCCACAACAGCAACAGAUGUUGCGGUAACCGAAGCUGAGUCAAAGCCUAAGAAAGUCAACUCGAGCGAUCAAAUGAACAUCAAAGGUGUUUACUUGCACGUUCUUGGUGACGCCCUUGGUUCAGUAAUUGUGGUUUGCAGUGCACUGGCUAUAUACUAUGGCCGGGGAACAUGGACUCUUUACAUUGACCCUGGCAUGAGUAUCAUCAUGGUUGCCAUCAUCCUCAAGUCUUCCGUGCCCUUAUUGAAAGAAUCCAGCAUGAUACUUUUGCAAACGGUACCCACACACAUACAAAUUAAUGAACUUGAAGAAAAACUGCUUGGAAAGUUUCCGUCAAUCGUCGAAGUUCAUGAGUUCCAUGUUUGGCAACUAGCAGGAAGCAAGAUCGUUGCUUCUUUGCACCUCAAGCUUCUAUCACGUGGUGACUACAUGCAAAUAUGCGAAUCGCUUAAAACGUUCUUCCAUGAAGAAGGAAUCCACUCUACUACGAUCCAACCGGAGUUUAUUGAGGAGAUUAAACCAUCUGCAAAAGAAGGUUUAUGUUUGCUGAAAUGCGAGAGCCUUCAAUGCAAGGACAGUGUUUGCUGCAAGCCAAAAGAAAGCGCACCAAGAGGCGAAAGCAGUACACAGGAUAUCAUUAUAAGCUUGCCAAAAGAGCAGGACACAACAGCAAAUGAUGAAGUAAGUAAGAUUUGACCAAGCAACCUUGACAACGAAGUGCUUAUGGUAAAUUUCAUCUGUUAACCCAUCAAGUCAUCGAAGAGGAACAAACUGGGAGGGUUAACUGAGAUAUAUUCUGGUGCUGAGACCUUGUUAGAUAAAUUCUCACUAUGUCUAUAAGACAGUUUGUCAUAUUAUUUGCAUUCUCUAAAUCUUUGUUUAGAAGUAAAGUGUAUUUUAGUUGUGAUAAUAAAUCAUAAGACAAACUAUUUAGAUUCAUAGUUUUAUUUUAAACAUAUUUUAUUUUGUAAUGAUAAAUUUUUAACGUAUUUUAAAGCAGAUCAUAAACUUGAUCAAAAAUAGAUAGUGACGUUGCAAUUGCUUAAGAAAUUAGGUUAAACGAUAAAUUAGGUUUACGAUAAAUCUUAGACUAAGAUUAAAACACCUAUUUUGUUGGUUUUCGCCAAAUGUGUAUCUGUUGAGGUUAUUUUUGAAAUUUAUCCAAUGGCCACCUUUCUAGCCACAAUUCAAUUGCUAAAAAGCCUAAUGGAAUAUCAUUGGCAAUGUUCAAGCAUCUGAUCUAAGGACUUUUAAAUCUCGAUGCGACACAAAUCUUUCUGUGUAUGAAUUUUCUUUGUCCGUCUAUACUCUUUAGGUAACAUUUUGACUUGGAGUCUAUAUGUCAUCAUAAAUAUGAUAAUAGGAAAAUUUUAGGUGAUAUUUAGUCCUGCUUUCCUUGUAUCAAUCAAUGUGACCUUUGGAUUCUAAAACUUCAAAUUGCACUCGGGUUUACAGAUUAAAUAGAAAUGUCCGAAAAUUCUUUUCUAGAAUGAUUAUUAAGUUGUGAACUGAAAACAGAUUUAACACUGACUCUUCACGCAGCUGCCAGUGUUUAAAAAUAAGAUUAAAUCUGGUACAUAUCCAUUUGGUGCCAUCACACUUUUAUCCAAUUUCGGAGAGUAGCAACUUUUUAGAAUGUAAUCAUUCUUCUAAAAGCAAAAGAAUGACUGACAAUGGAUUUUAAGGUGCACUGAAACUGAGGUUCUAAUUUAUCCAAAGUAUCAAAGGUUUUCACUUGAAUAUGAAUCUAAAUAAAACAAUCAUGUUUGAAGAUAAACUCUGUCAGAAAAUAUUCUCAUAUUUACAUAUUUUGUGUUUAUAGUGAUAAACCAUCUGAAAUGAAAAAAAAGUGUUUAAUUAAGCCUCCUUUAAUCGGUGCUAUUCUUAUACAUCGUUGUAACUGGAGUGAAAUUGGCAUUAUUGAUGUUAUUGCCAGUCACUUAAUGAAAGCUUCGACUUUUGAAGUAUACCGUAUAAAAAAAAUAUCUAAUUUAAAGAAGCUUUGUCUUAGCCUAAAAUGAAUGCCUUUUUCUAUUCUAUCUAAAAGAAGAAAUUUGCAGGCAAUGCUAUUGUUACACAAUUCUGAGCAGCUUUUCCUCUGUAGCAUUUAAUUAAUUUCACAUUUCUAAACUAUCUUGUAGCAUUUUUCAGCAACAAAAUACCAUGUUAAUAUUGUUUAAAAUUAUCAUUUCUAUUUGUAUGAUCAUGAUAUUUGCUAUUUAGUUUAUAUUUCGUCUUCUCAUUGUACAUUGAAAUCGUGAUACCAAA